AUGCUCCCGAAUCUCUUAUUCCAGAAGGCUCCGGGAAUAGGAGAUGACGGAAGGGCGGUGGAAGCACCUGACGAGGCUGGUUAUCAGUGUUGUCAAACGUGGGGUUUCAUUAUCAUUGAAACCGAGAAACACGGCAAGGUCGUAGUUGGAAGUUCAGAUGUUGCUAUGGUGUUUGAGAAACAGUCGAGUAUGCAUGUCUAUGUACUCGUGAUGUACAUGCGUAUUUUGGCUGCCCUGAUACAUGUUUGGCCCCCUCUUUAUGAAGUCCGUUCUUUCAUCAUCGCUUAUCUGCUAGACUCUGUAUCAAGGCACGUUCUAGCCGUCCUCUCUGGCAUGUCGAUUACAAAAUGUCAAAAGGUGUGGGUGGUGUUAGUCGGUAUCAAUGAAUGGGAGGACAAGAAGAUAAGGAGGCUACAUGGAUGCAUUAACGACAUUAAUGACGUUGAGAAAAAGCUUAGGAGUCUCGGCAAUGGACUACAUUUAAACCUGGAUAUAGUCAAGCUCACAGACCCUUACGAGCGGAAUUCACCAUUGGUUCCGACUUAUGCUAAUGUCCAGGCUGCCUUUAAGCGCGUGAGAAAGGAAGCCAGGGGUAAAGAUGUGUUUUAUUUCCAUUUCUCUGGUCAUGGUGGCCGGCAAAAGUGCCUUCUGGACGUCCAUCAUCCUUCUCAGGACAGCAACUCGACCAAGAAAUUUGAGACGCUGGUCCUCCAGGGUAAGCGACCGCUUAAAGACUGGGAACUUGGAAACUGGCUAUCAGAACUAGCCGACGACGACCUUGCCGUGUUUGCCGUCUUGGAUUGCUGUUAUUCGGGAGGUGGCGACCGGGUGGAUGAAAAUGUCCGUGAAUUGGAUUUUGACAUGGAGCCCGACGAAGAAAUAAUACCGAUACCUCUAGGAGUUAUCGAGAAGAUAAAUGCAGAAAGUAUUGAAGACGAUAGAGAUGGGACCGCAGUAGACACCUGGUGGUCGAAGAAGGCACGAAAAUACACGCUUCUGGCUGCAUGCCAGCCAGUUGAAAAGGCCAAAGAGAAUGGCACAGAUGUGCUUAAAGAUUACCGGGGGGUGUUUACAAAGGCGCUUAUGGAAUCUCUGGACAAACUAAUCGGGAUGACUGAGGGGCUGCCAACAAGUCAAGACCUGCAUCUGCAUGUGGCUGCCCAUAUUGGACAAGGGCAACACCCCAUGAUAUAUGGGGAAACGAAUCGACUCUUCUUAGGAUACGAGCAAAAGGAAAGUGCUCGCUAUACGUCUAUUGUCGAUCUCCAUGAAAAAGAGGCAUAUAUUGGCCUGGGACAUUUACAUGGAGUUUGCAGAGGCGAGAAGUACCGUGUGCAUUGCCUAGGGGCGACGACAUUGGGCGUGAAUGACACCGUGCUCAUCGAGAUUGACAGAGUCUACGGCACGACGGCCCGUGGUAAAAUCCCAAAGAAUGGUCUCGGUAUCGUACAAAAAGGAUGUGCUGUUACCCUAGCAGAAGCCAUUGCUGCUUCUGCGCUGCGCGUCGAAGUCUAUGAUGAUGCGCUAUGGGAGAAGCUGUCGGCGGCAGAAGGAUGCGGCGUCACAUUUGAGAGGCGAGGUUCAAGAAGCUGCAUGUAUGAGCUCGGAAGGUCCGAGCCGGAAGACGAGACGCCAGCGGCCUUGGCUGUGACUGAAAAGGAAAAGGGACGGCGUGUUUACGUGUUUCCUCAUGAUGAGCCAGAUAUUCUCAGUAUGAUGAAUUUCUUCAGAAAACUCAACAGGUACACUCGUAUCGAUCACUUACAGAAUAGGGAGCAGCACUUGAGGAGGGACUUCACCUUCACAGAGGAAAACAACAAGACUGUGGUAAACCACGGGGAAAUUAUCACUCUUGUCAUCACCAAUAUGCUACCGAUACCCAUACACACUCCGCCUUAUAAUGCCUUGUAUUACGCCAUCUUCAAUCUCAGGCCGGAUUUGGACAUCAAGCUUAUUUCACCAGGUCCGAAUGAGGGAACGGUUUCGCUUUCGGUCCCUCCUAGUGAUGCCGACGAGACCAACCUGUUGAGCUUGGGAGCCUGGCGGAUGGACGAUCGCAUGCGGACGAUCAUGCGGACGAUCAUACUGCCUCAUCUUCAACAGAUACUGACUCAUUGA